CAUUUUUACUGAGUAGUUUAGGUUUCGUCCCGAAACUGAAAUUUGCUGAGUUCAAAAACAGUUUAAAGUUAAAAUUCGUCGAAAUGAGAUCUAAAAUAUAUCCAGUUGAACCUUUUUAUCUCUAUGAACCGAAAAAAGAAUUAUCAAUAAGAAUUGACCAAAAUCUACUAUUUUUACAUGAACAAAGAAAAGUCUUUCAAAAACUAAAUGGACAAUCGGCCUUACGGAAAUACAAUAAGAAACAAGCGACACAAUCUAGGAGGGUUUUAGUGAAAAAGAAUUCAAUGUUUAAAAUUGAAAACGUUUCUUCAGAAAAUUUGAUGCCAUUUAUUGAUACUGCUAUGAAGGUUCAACAAGGAGCAUACGAAGCCGCCGUUUCCACUAAUCGAGGCUAUGAAUUUCAAUUGCUUUUGAUAUUUCUCGAAGCAUUUCUAUCAAUUGUUUUUAACUUUUACUAUAUGAUUUCGGUUAUCAUUCAACCAGCAUCUUUUAAACUCCCUAUGCAUGAAACGAUUGGAUAUCUUUCUCAACAUCUUAUUCAACCAAGUGUUUGCAUUCUAUCUGUGGUCUUGGCAUUUUCGCUGUUAAAGUCUGAGUUCAGGAAAACUCAACAAAUUAUUAACAAAAUCAUCAUCCACUCUGAAAACAAGGAAGUCAGAACAAGGUUUUUAGCCUUUUCCCAGCAAGUUCAAUCAAAUAUUCCAAAUUUUACUGUUUUUGAAUUUUUUCAAUUAGAUGGAUCAGUUAUAUUUUCUAUGUUAUCAGCAACAACAACAUACUUAAUUAUUUUGAUUCAAGCUCUUGGAGGUACAAGUCAAGUGGAUCUAUUUGUUUCAGCAUUCGACAACCAGACUUCAAAUAUUUAAUUUCGAAUCAAAAACAAGAUGAUAACAAGUGUACCUAUCUUUUUUAACCCCAGUGUUAGAAAUAUGAUCUUUCAAUUAUUUUCUUAUCAAGUUUAACGGUUUAAAAACUAAACAAAAGCUUUU